GCCAUGACCUUCAGUGUCCUGAUCUUCUCUUAUCGCAAACCUGGCACCACGCCGGAGCAGUUCCGCGCCCAUUACGAGGGUACGCACAUCCCCCUCGUCAAGGAGAUGGGCGGCGAGCACUUUCCGCUGUCUCACACGCGCCGCUACCUCGCCCGCGCCGAGGGCAGCGCGGAGGGCACUACUGAGCGUAACGCAAGCUUCCCGGCGAAGGUGCUGCUAGGCAGCCAGGCCGAUUACGACUACGACGCAUUCGCGGAGCUGACCUUUACCGACGAGGCGCAUUUCAAGACUUUCUUCAGCCUCACGCGGCAGCCCGAAAACUUGGCACGUCUCCAUGAGGAUGAGGACAAGUUUCUGGACCGCAGCAAGAUAUCGGCUGUAGUAGUGGGAGAGACUGUUUCGACCAGCAAGUGAGAGGCUCGCAUGGUGUUGGGAGAAGAUGUCCAGGGCGAAUAUUGCAUGUGGUCCGAUGUAUCUAGUGACAUACAGCCGUGAUAGUCAAAAUGAUGCGAUGAAGAGCAAGUCUUGAC